AUGGCCGAGCCGGGCACCGAGGGGCUGCCGCGCGCCUUCCUGCAGAGCCUGCGGCCGCUCUUCGACAUCCUGGACGACCGGCGGCGCGGCUUCGUGCACCUGCGCGAGAUCGAGUCCCGCUGGCAGGGCGCCGACGCGCGCGAGCUGCCCCGCGGCGUGCUGGACGGCCUGCGGCGCGCGGCCCCGGCCAGCGGCUACCUGACCUUCGAGCGCUUCGUGGCGGGGCUGCGCGCCGCGCUGCUGAGCGCCGACGGCGGCGCGCGGGCCCCGGCGCGCGGCCCGGCCCGGGCGGGCGGCGCGGCGCGGCCCGGAGACCCGCGGGCCGCGCAGGACGGGAAGGCGCCGCCCCCGGGCGCGCGCCCCCCGCCCGCCGGCCCCGGCGGCGCGGCCCGGGCCCUGGACCAGCUGUGCGGCGCGGCGGGGGCGGCGCCCGGCCCCGCGGAGCCCGAGCGGCCCCAGGGCGCGGCGCUGGAGCGCGGCCCGAGCGCGGACGCGGGUGCCGCGGCCUGCAGGGCCUGGGAGCUGGGCUUGGGGGGUGCCCGGCGGGGCCCCCGGGCCCGAGGGGAGCGGCGGAGACACACCAUCACCAGCGGAGUGGACUGUGACCUGCUGAAGCAGGCGCAGGAGCUGGAGCAGGAGGAGGCAGUGCUGCUGCAGGGGCUGGAGAUGAUGGCGCGGGGCCGGGACUGGUACCAGCAGCAGCUGCAGCGCGUGCAGGAGCGGCAGCGCCACCUGGGCCAGCGCCAGGCCAGCACCGACUUCGGAUCUGAGGGGAGUCCCCGCCUCCUGGGGCGCCUGCUGCCCAAGAUACAGGAGGUGGCCCGGUGCCUGGGCGAGCUGCUGGCCGCGGCCUGUGCUAGCAGGGCUCUGCCCCUGGCCCCCGCCUCACCCCCAGCUCCCUGUGGGCAGCAGCAGACCAUCCUCAUGCUCAAGGAGCAGAACCGGCUCCUCACCCAGGAGGUGACGGAAAAGAGUGACCGCAUCACGCAGCUGGAGCAGGAGAAGUCGGCCCUCAUCAAGCAGCUGUUCGAGGCCCGAGCUCUCAGCCAGCAGGAUGCUGGGCCUCUGGACUCCACCUUCAUCUAGGCGGCUCCUCGCGCCCCAGCUCCGACGGAGGACCGCUGCCUGGACACGGCUCUCCCGCGCCUCCUCCGGGCCUCCCUGGGCCCUGCCCAAGCCAAGGAGCCAGCAGGGCUGCCCGGGCGACUCCGGAGGGACUGCCUCCUUUGUGCCGGCACAGCUUGGAGCUGCCGCUGCCCUUGUCGGGGGACACUGGGAGUCCUUGUUCUGCGUACAGACCCGCGGCCCUGCCCUCGCCGCUGGCCCUGCAGGGCGUGUCCAGCGAGAGGGGCCAGCGGCCACAGGCUGCACUCCCGUCUGCAGCUAGCAGAGGGCGGCAUUGCCUGAGGGCCGGGGCAGCCGGGAGCCUCCUUCCCUGUCCACACGGGCUCCGGGGAGGUUGGGCCUCCUGGAGGGGCCAGCCUGUGUCCAGCUCAGGGGCCCCCGGGAGCUGUGCUGGGGGCAGGAGGCUGGCCUGCCAGACCCUGUCCCCGCUUGGGCCAGCUGCCCCCCUCCCCAGUCAGGGCUCAGCCAGGACCAUCCCGCACAGCAGGACCCUGUGACCCAGACUCAGGGCCUGGGGGCGCAGCUGCCCUCCCCAGGGAAGGACCCUGCCUCCCGGGGGGCAGCCUGGCCUCCCAGACAUGCCCAAGGUGCCUCCCGGGGCCCACCCUGAAGCCCCCUCCCCCAGCCUGUGGACCUGCUGCCCCACCCCCACUCGGCUGGCCGCACCGGGCUGGCUUCGCCACAGAAAAGGGGAACCACAGGACUCAGGAAGAGGGGGCCCCCCAAGAUCACACCUCAGCACUGCUCUGGCCCCGCUCGGCAGGCCUGCUCCUGGAGCCCCCGGCAGGAGGGCCCUGGGCUCUGUCAGCCCCAGCGGGAUGCCCCAAGCCAGGGCAGCGGCACAUGGGUGUGGUGUGUGCAGGGCACGGCCGCGCCACAGUGCUGGGUGCUCGGCCUUAUGCGGGGUCCUGGGCCCAGGGCGCCCCUCCCUGCUGCGCCCAGUUUUGCUUGCCCACUUGCAUCAGCCUGGAGCUUCUGGGCGCAGGCCCCUCGGGGCGUGGGCAUGCUGGUCAGUGCCCAGUCAACCUGCCCAGCCAGCUACCCUCCCAGGGAGGCCCACCAGGGUCCUAGGCCACUGCAGGCCCGGGGGUCCUGGGCAGGCCUCAUGCUUCGGGUAUGGGGGGGUAAGUGUGCCCCCAGACCCAGCCUGGCCUCCCCAUGGGGAGCUCCCCAUUCGACCUCUGCUGCGGCUCCUGGGCCUGCCCUCCUAUCUGGUGGCCACACAGACCACUGGGCACGGUCCUGCCACCCCACUGGCCGUGCCACCCCCCACUUCUGGGCCCUGAGCUCUGUCCCCUAUUCCUCAGCCCCUCCCGCCUGCAGAGAUGCCCACGCCUGCAGGGCCAGUGCUGGGGGGCCGCCCCCCAGGAGCCUGCAGGUGGAUGCACCUCACCUAUUUGUUGUCUACGGCAAUAAAAGGCGUUGACGGUGGACAGGGAAGGUCUUCGUGGGCUCUGACUUUGUAAGAGGGGUUUAUGGAGGAGGCCGAGUGGAGAAGAGAGAA